AUGAAGCCCUUUUACCCCACAGGGUUUGCUCUUGGUUCAAAAGGCACUCAUGAUACAGAAAGAGCAUAUGGGCUGACCCUUUGUAGCGUUGGAGUCUCAGCCCUAGUCUGCGCAGCUUGUAUUUCUGAUGCUAUACUAACUAUAUCCUCCAACAUUGUUCAUAUAGUAAAGUUGCAAUUAUGUUGUACGAAAAUUGUCUAUAUAAGUAUUCGCACAAACAAGCAUUUCUUUGGUCCAGUAGUUGAGAACCAAACGAAGGUGUGCGUCAUGAAUCAGCAAAACACAAGCAAUCCAACGUCAUUUAUUCGGAUGAAAGUAGGUUUAUUUAGCAAUCUCGUCGUCGGAGCUGCGAAUACAACGAAAUUGGAAGCAACUGAGUGUUUGGAGCCAGUGGAAGUAUAUGAAAGGAUCCAUGCUUCGGUUCAAUGCCCUAGUGACCUUUGUACAACAUGUCUUCACAAUGAGAUUUUAUUUUUUGAAAGUCGUGGCUAA